GGAGCUGCCCUCUGCCCGCCGGGGCCCAGUCGCGGAGAGGCCCGGCCCGGCGGGUCCGAGCUGCGGCCCGGGGCCCAUUGUCCGGCGGUCUGUCUGUCCGGAGGCGGGGCCCAGGGACCCGGAGCGCCGCGGAGCGCCGAGGCGCCGGGUAAAAAGACCCCCGACUCUUUCCAUCCGGGACCAGGCUGAGGAUGCAGGGGCUCCUCGCCCCCUCCCUUGGUCGCCGGCUGUCGGUCCUUUUGUCAGUCUGCGUCUGGGGAAGGGGCCAGGGGCUCACUCUGGCCUGGGGGGCGGGGGCCGUCCUGGCUCUGAUCGUCCUCUUGCCCCCGGCUCCAGCGACGCGGCAGGACCCGGCUGACUCCCCACCGCGGCCGUUCCUCUUUCCCGUCCCUCUGGCGAUCUCCGGCACGGGAUGGGUGUCCGCGCCGCCGCCCUCCCCGCGUGGGCCUAGGUCGGUCUCAGCCGGGCACCGCCGGGACGGCCCCGGCGUCUGACAGGCUGGGCUGGGGGAGGGAGAGGAUGGGCGUGAGGGUGCAGACCCGGGUAUCAGUCCGGAGCCGCCGUCUCCAGAAAGGCUUCUAAAUUUAGAUUUCUGAGAAGACUGUAUUGUCUGAGCGUUUGUCUGAGCCGCCUCGGAAGACCUCUGGCUCUUGGCUGGUAAUUCCCGGGAAUCUACCUGUGCUCCUGCCUCAGGAAGUCAGAGGGACCGUCUCGGCUGAGUAUACACAAGCUCCGGACCAAACAGAAGCGGGAACAGGGUGAACCGGGAGGCGGCUACGUGACCAGCUUUCUUGUCCUCUCCUUUCUGGCAGGUACAGACCACUGGGAUUCAGGCGAGUUUACUUUGCUCCGUGGGAACUACACCAGAUCUGGAGGUGGGAGUGAACCUUCUUUUCUUAAAGCUUGGAUUUCACCCGUUUUUUCCUUGCCGAAGUCUGUGGCGUGUCCUGGAACCUGCAGCCUAACACCUGUGAGAGACCAGGGACAGUGUUAAGAGGAGUUGUUGGCCCGCCUCCCAAGGAUUCUUAACCUUGUUCUAAAGAUGGACAAAGCUGCCUCCCUUUUUAAAUAGGAUCCCUUGUAAACCUGAAUCUCACCGGUUACCUUUCUUCCCAUCCUCUUUUUCUUCCAGAUGGUGAUGUUCAGACUGUCCAUUUACAUUUUUGUGUGGGUUUCGGAUUACGACUUGGGAACUGAGUCAGUGUUGAAAGUAAAACUGAGUUAGUGAACUUUAGGGCACUGUGUCUAUGGAUUUUAUUAGCGUUUACUGCUGUAAAACAAUUGGCUAAUCUCUGAGAUCUUGUUGUGCAGUCAAGAAUGUACCUCCAGUGCUAGUUUUUUUAAUUGUUAAUUAAUUAAAUAACAUUUAUUUUUAAGAGUCCAAAACCCUACAGGCUUUCUUUUCUUUUGAGGGAGGUAAGAAUAUUUGCUUCUGUUUUCCCUUUAAUCCCUCAGGUGUGAAGUCAGUCCCAUCGGGUACCAUCUGGUUGGUUCCCCAUUUGGCCACUAGGAGGAUUGUGAGAUGCAGUGGACACUGGCGAUUUAAAUAUGCAAAUACUGAUCUCUGUUUCCGGCUUGUAGCUUUAGUGUUGUUUAGUAUUUAGUAUUGUUGCCUCACCAAGGUGAUCUGAAUAUAGCCUGUCUCAAAUUAUUUAGCCUUCUUUCGAAGGAUCUUUAUUGCCUUUAUCUCAUAGUUUCAAUUUCAGAUCUUGAUGGGAAGAAAAUGUAAAUAUUAGUUAAGAUUUCAUUUCUUCCUUAUACAAUAGAGAGCUAUAGCUCUGCAAAUUUGGGGGAAAAAAAUGAUAGGCAACCUGCAUUUCAUUCAACUUUCUGUUUUGUGAUUUCACAGACUUAUAGAAAAAGACCCAAAGUGUAAUAUUCAUUCACCACUUCAGUUUAUGACAUAACUACUUGAUUAAAAAGAAAUCAUCUCCAUAGACAAAACUUAGAGGACACAUUUCAUUAGCAUUAGCACUCAGCAUUCUACCUUAAAGUUGAUUUUUACUGUAUACAUUUGGAGUUUUUUUGUUUUUUUUUUAAUUAAAGGUCUGAAAAAGAACUGUGUUUGAUAUGCAGAUAUGAUAGAAGACUGCCUGAAAGCUGCUUCCUUUGCCACUUCCUGUGGAGGCCUGUCUUUGCCAUUUGCGGUUUCUUUCUUCUUUUGGUCAGCACCUUGCAAGGAGGUGGUAACAUCCAGUCGUGAAACUGGGAAAAGCCAGAGAUCUUGGAUCAGGGAAACAUGUCCCGUCGGAAACAGACAAAUCCAAAUAAAGUUCACUAGCAUCUGGCUUCUUGCCCAGGAAGAGUAGCUGUGCCCAGAAACCACUGGAGGCCACCAGCUGACUUGGAGAUGAAUGACCCCACCACAGGGGGAUCAAGUAUUUGCUGGGCUAGAAGAGCAAGCCCGCCAGGCGAUGAUGAAAACUGAUUUUCCUGGAGACCUUGGCAGUCAGCGACAAGCUAUCCAACAACUAAGAGAUCAGGACUCCAGUAGCAGUGACAGUGAGGGAGACGAAGAGGAGACCACACAAGAUGAAGUCUCUUCCCAUACGUCAGAGGAAGAUGGAGGAGUGGUCAAAGUGGAAAAAGAGUUAGAAAAUGCAGAACAGCCUGUUGGUGGAAAGAAAGUGGUAGAGCAUGAGGUCACGGAGAAUUUGCAUUCUGACCCGUUACUUGGACUCUGCCAAUGUCCCCUCUGCCAGCUCGACUGUGGGAGUCGGGAGCAGCUGAUUGCUCACGUGUACCAGCACACUGCAGCCGUGGUGAGCGCCAAGAGCUACAUGUGUCCCGUCUGUGGCCGGGCCCUCAGCUCCCCAGGGUCACUGGGUCGCCACCUCUUAAUCCAUUCGGAGGACCAGCGGUCUAACUGUGCUGUGUGUGGAGCCCGUUUCACUAGCCAUGCCACAUUUAACAGUGAAAAACUCCCCGAAGUCCUUAAUAUGGAAUCCCUACCGCCAGCCCACAGUGAGGGCCCCUCCAGUGCUGAGGGGAAGGACAUUGCCUUUAGUCCUCCAGUGUACCCUGCUGGAAUUCUGCUUGUAUGCAACAACUGUGCUGCCUACCGGAAGCUGCUGGAAGCCCAGACCCCCAGUGUCCGCAAAUGGGCCUUGCGUCGGCAGAAUGAGCCUUUGGAAGUCCGCCUGCAGCGACUGGAACGAGAGCGCACAGCCAAGAAGAGCCGGCGGGACAAUGAGACCCCCGAGGAGCGGGAGGUGAGGCGCAUGAGGGACCGAGAAGCCAAGCGCCUGCAGCGCAUGCAGGAGACGGACGAGCAGCGGGCACGCCGGCUGCAACGAGAUCGGGAGGCCAUGAGGCUGAAGCGAGCCAACGAGACCCCCGAGAAGCGGCAGGCCCGGCUCAUCCGGGAGCGGGAGGCCAAGCGGCUCAAGAGGAGGCUGGAGAAAAUGGACAUGAUGUUGCGAGCUCAAUUUGGCCAGGACCCUUCUGCCAUGGCAGCCUUAGCAGCUGAAAUGAACUUCUUCCAGCUACCUGUGAGUGGGGUGGAGUUGGACAGCCAACUCCUGGGCAAGAUGGCCUUUGAAGAGCAGAACAGCAGUGCUCUGCACUGAAGCCAUACCCUCCUGCCUGCCUUCCCGCUCACCACCCACCCGAGCCCACAGGGAUCCGUACUCAGUCACCCUCAGAUCCUGUCCUUGUAGCGGAGGCAGGCCCGGGUUUGUUGCAGGUGGACCUGCAUACCCCUUGCAUGUGGGAGCAGGAUGAUGGGGUCAGGAGGGACCCGGCUCCAGGCAGCUGUGGACGAGGGAGCAGGCACUCCAGACACUUCAACUCUCCAGCCCACUGCUGCAAGGUCUGCGCGUGGGACUGUGGGGUCCCAGUGCGGCCCGCGGAGUUAUGAGGGCAAAUAAAUUAAUUUUAUCUUUCUGCCC